AUGGCAACAGACACACUCUUUUCACAAAUUACGCAAGAUCCUCAACUGUUCCUCUGGAUUUAUAAAGUUUAUCUUCACGCACGUUGUUCUCCUGCCACAAAUCAAAAGGAGACACAAACUCUUGAUCUCUCCAAUCAUGGCUUAUCUGGUUGUGCUAUCGAAUCCAAACAACAGACAAUAACUGCCCAACAUGAAGAGGAAUUGGAAUUGAUUGGACAUGGGAAUGAAGCUGAGCAAAUAGUUGAUAAGGAGGUGGAAGAAAAAUUACCAGAAAUUCAAGUUGAGAAAACUGCUGUCAUUCAAGAAGAAACUGAUUCCAAAAAAACUUUGAAUGAUCGUUUGAAAGAACACAUUGGAUCAAUAACUUUGAAUGUGAAAGAUUUGUUCCAGUCAAAGAAAAACAAAGAAAUAAUCCAGAAACUCAUUGCCUGUGAUAUUUCAUACCUAAAGGAUUGCCUUCAAGAAAACAGAGAAUUAAAUCCUCUAAUAGAAACAAUGAAAUUGACAUUUGACUUGAAACUUAGACAACCAGCAAUUCCUAGUGAAUUCAGAACAAUCACCAAAAUGUUCAUUUCAUUUCCUUCCUUUGAUUUCCAAGAGGUUUUCAAUCCAAUCAUCAGUUUAUUGCCUAAUCUAGAAGAAAUCGACUGUGAAUAUUACAAAUUAAGACUUGGACAUGUCUAUAACUCAAAAGAUAGGCAAAUUCUUGAAAUCUCAAUUAGGGAUCAAAUACACCCAUCGGUUUUGGAAAAUAUUCUAUUGAGUGAUUCAAAAAUCUCUCAAUUGAAUGUGAAUUUGAAAUAUUGGUUGGAAUAUGCACACAGAACUAUUGAAACGAAUAUUACAUUGGGAGUUUUGGUUCCAAGUGGUCAAUCAAGAUUAUUCAAAUUGCUUUUUAAGAACCAUCGACUUGGAAGUUAUCUUCUGUAUCCAAUUGAGGAUGAAAUGAUUUCUCUGAAUGAAUUUAGAAAAAUUUGGAGUGAAGAAUUGGGUAUUAUUGGCUUGAUUUAUAAUUUACAAGAGGAAAUUGUUCAUCUCAAUAGAAUAUCAAGCAAACUAUUCCAAGAAGAAGAUAAAGUGAAGGUCAAGAAUCUUGUAAAGAAGGUCGAUCGACUCGUGGAUCGAAUUGACGAUUCAGAAUCUAAUGAAUUUAUUGCUAAUUUUGAGGAAUGUCUAAUAGAAUUUGAAGAAAUUAGGAAAAUAACUCAUUUGAUCUACUGGUAG